CAGCUGCAGACGCCAGAGGUUGGUUGGUAUGCGGCCCGGCCUGGCCUGGCCUGGCCUGGCGUAGACAUAAGGCGGUGCUACAACAGCAUUUUCAAUAACUGUAUUGAUUAAAGUACUUCCAAUUAACAGUUAUCAGUUUGGAAGUCACUACAAUGGCAGGGUCGGUUGGAGAGAAUCAGAUACAAAGGAUAAUCCGUGAUCUAAAAGAUGCAAUUUCAGAAUUAAGCCGAGAACAUAAGGAAAAUGGUGAUGCAAUCACUGAUGAUAGUACAAAUCUCCACAAAUGCUGCUUAAAAUUAGAAUACCUCCUUCAGUUUGACCUGAAAGAAAAAACUUCAUUUCUUGGCAACAAGAGAGAUUAUUGGGAUUUCUUCUGCAGUUGCUUAGCCAAGGAAAAAGGAGCAAAUGAUGGAAUUCGUUUUGUGAAAUCUAUUCCAGAGUUAAAAACCUCUCUUGGCAAAGGUCGAGCAUUUAUCCGCUAUUCCUUAGUCCACCAGCGCCUGGCUGAUACUUUUCAGCAAUGCUUAAUGAAUGCUAAAGCUACCAGUGACUGGUAUUAUGCUCGAAGCCCUUUGCUGAAUUCUCACCUCGGCUCUGAUAUUGUUACUCAUCUGUAUGAACUGAAUGAAGUGCAGUUUGACUUGGCAUCGAGAGGGCAUGAUUUGGAUGCUGCUUGGCCAACAUUUGCACGGCGAUCUUCUGCCAUGUCUUCUUCUCAUUUUUGGAGACCACCAAGCAGAUGCUCCAGCAUAAGCAGUUUGGUUAGCAACUAUUCACAACCUCCAGAAAGUCUUACAAAUCUAGACCUAAACAAUUCCUUAUCAGUAGAGCAACUGGAAACCCUUGACGAGUUACGUGUUGAACUUGAUCAGUCUGAUAUAAAGCAAAAAGAAAUGCAUGAAAAGAUCCAACAUUUUGAACUGGAAAGGAGUGAGUUACACAAGACAAUAUCAUUACAUGUGCAGACAAUAGAAGCUUUGAGGAAAUCAGCUGCUGAAUCAAUGGAGGAGAACCUCUUACUAAAGAAGACAGUGGAAGAGCUGAGUCAGCAGUGCAAAGAUUUUGCUCAAGGCAGUAUGGAAGAAUCUCAAAAGUAUUUGCAAAUGUUAGAUGUUAGUUCCACGGAGAAACAACAGGUGCUUCAGUCAAAGGCUACAGAAUUGGAAAUAUAUAAUAACCACUACUCAAAUAAACUGCAGCCAUUAACACAAGAAGUAGAAAAUCUCAGGUCACACAGUGUAAAAGAUGCCAAUUUUGAUGAAUUUCAGUCCAAACUAAUCACAGCAGAACAGAAGAAUAUAGAGCUGGUCAAAAAGAUAGAAGACAUUUUGACUGAAAAGGCACAAUUGGAGGCAACCCACUAUGAUUUAGAGCAGAAAAUCCAUGAACUUCGCGACAAGUUGGAUAAUGCGGAGAGAGAGGAGAUUGGAAUACAGAGGUUAAACAAUACGCAGCAACUGCAGAUGGAAAAGCUAACAAAUGAUUUGAAAUCAAAAGACUUAAUAAUAGAGGAGCUUGAGUUGAAGCUGAAAGGAACUACUUUGAAAUUCGAGGAAAAGAAUGCUAUGCUUGUGGAGAAAAAUGAAGAGUUAGAAUCUUACUUGAAUAAGUAUGGUGAAAUAAAGAGUGUACAAGGAAGUGAUGCAACUGAACUUGAAUCAAUGCAAAAGGCAAUUCAGGAGCUAAGAAAUGAGAAAGACGAAGCACAAGUCAAAUGUAAAGUAUUAGAGGAACAAAUAAGUACUCUUUCUAGCCAGCUAGUAGCUGCUAAUAAUGAAGCACAAAAUCAUCAGGAUGUUCGAAAUAAACUUUUCUGUGAGAAUGAAGAUCUUAGGAAAACAGUGCAAGAAUUAGAAGAGAUAUUAGCUAAUGGUCAAAGUAGGUCAAGCCAGAUUGAGGUUGACCAUCAAAAACUUGAGAAUCAGAAAUUUCAACAUACUGUACAGAAAAGUGCUGAAAGAGAGGAAGCAAUGGAGAGAACAUGUUUUCCCUUGGAAACUGAUAGCUUCAUUACAUCUCAGAAAGAGUUGCAGGGCCAGAUAGCUGACGCCAUGGUUCCAAUGGAUGAAAAAGUAAAAAAUCUAAGGGAGGAAAGCAAACAAUUUAAUGAGCAAUUACAAAAUUCUCCCAGGCAGUUUGAAACAGCAGAGGGCAAACUGAAAGAAAGUCAGACUGAAUUUGAUGAGUCAAGUGAUCGCUUGCUAAAUCUGCAGGCAGAGGGAAUGCUUUCGGAUUUGGAGAAUACAUUAUUAAAAUUACAACCAAAUGAAAAUUCUCCCAUCUCUUUCGUAGCUGAAAACAAAGAUAAUCUGUUAAAGCAGUUACCAGAAAAUAUUGAAAAAUAUCAGUCAAAAGUAGAGAUGCGGGAAAAAGAAAAAUUGAGUCUUGAAUCUAAUGUUCAGAAGCAAAGUCAGCUUACUGAGGAUCUAAUAGUUGAGAAAAAUGCAUUAGUGAAAGCACAGGUGACAGAGAAAGACCUUUAUGAGAAAGAAAUACAGAAGAUAAAUGAAGAACUAGCUACCACUAAAAAUCAGCUUGAAGUUGAGCAUAGUGAAGUGUCCAGAUUACAGGGAGUGAUUGAAGAACUUAGUUCAAAGCUUAAGUAUGCCAUUGAGGAAAAAGAAAGUAUACACAGUAAUCUUAAUCUUGCAGUAUGUUCCAAAGAGGAAUACAGAACUCUGGUUCAAAAUCUGAAGGAACAGAUAGAAUCAAACAGCAGGGAUCAUGCUGAGAAACUCUUGAGAUUGAAAGAAAAAGAAGAUUAUCUUAAAAAAGACAGAGAAAAAUUGACACAACAGAUAACUGAACUUGAAGAACAGUUUACAACGUUUAAAUGCGAAUCAUCUCAACAGGAAAAGUAUAUUGAAAAACUAAAGUCUGAAAAUAUUGAGACCAAAGAUCUGCUUAAUAGGGUGAACACUGAAAUGGCAGACCUUGGCAUGCAGAUGUGUGCAAUGAGUGCCGAAAAAAAUGCCAUUGAGCAGAAAUAUAAUGACAUCUGUCAACAGCAAGCAACAGUUUUUGAGGUGAUGAAACUGGAACAACACCAGCUAAAUGUAAAUAUUUCUGCACUUAAGAAUGAGAAUCAACACCUUCAGGAGGAGUUAAAGAGAUCAGAAAAUUUAGCAGCAACUGUAGAGGAGCUGCAGAAAAAGCUAGUGAAAACACAACAGCAAGCUGAAAGUUUCCAGGAGGCUGCAAAGGAAGAGAUGUCUGCAGUCAAAUUUCAGAUAAGUGGAGAGGUGAUGGACUACCAGACUAAAUUAAAGACUCUUGGUGAAGAAAUAGAGGCUGUUAAAACAGACCUCAAUGAAUGUCACAGUCAAAUAGCUUCAAAGGAUAAACAACUUGUUGACUUUCAAGAUCUUAACAGUAAAUUAAGAGAGCAGUUGGAACAGAAAGUACAAGUAAUUGCAGAAUCACAAUUACUGAGAAAUGAAGAGCAAGAAAAACUGAAGUGUCUUUCAGAAAACUUUACCAGGACCCAGCAAGAGUUGGAAGCUGUAAAAAAGGAACAAGAAGAAUACAAGCAACAAAUGGAGGAGAUGCAAGUGGAAAUGAAGAGAAAUGAACAACAACUUACGGCUGAAGUGGAUGACUUGACCCGAACUAAAGAAUUUCUAGAGGAGCGCUUAAUUGAAUUAAUUAAAGAUAAGGAUGCUCUAUGGCAGAAAUCUGAUGCAUUGGAAUUUGAACAGAAGCUCCGCACUGAAGCCCGAUGGCUUGGUGACAAGGAAGUUAAUUACUGCCUGGAUUGCCAAAGUCAAUUUACGUGGUGGCUACGUCGACAUCACUGCAGACUUUGUGGCCGUAUCUUCUGCUAUUAUUGUAGUAAUAAUUUUGUAAUGACAAAACACAGUGGUAAAAGAGAGCGCUGCUGCAGAGCUUGCUACAUGGAACAUAGUGCAGUUGUUCAACGGUUAAAUGACCCUGGAUCAUCAGAUACAACGAACAGUCCUGAUGAAUCUCCUUCACGAUCAAUCUCAGAAAGGCAAAUUUCCAGAAACACAGGAAGUUUCACCAAACCAGAUGAUGCAGCUUUUGAUAUCAUCACAGAUGAAGAGAUCAAUGAAAUUGAAGAUAAUGAUUGUUCUUUGGAAUUCACAAACCAAAUUAGCUCUAAUCUUCCAGAGUCAACACUACAAGAUGCUCCAUCUCUAAGUCCAACCUGCGAUACAUCAGUUGAUGGUGCAACACUUCCAGCUGAAGAUGGAUCUAGGCAAUCUAUGCAAGAUGUGGAGAUUAAUCUGUUGAAAUGUGGUGAAAUGACGCUCAAAAUACCCCUCACAGUGGAUGAGAUUCGACAGUUCGGAAAUAGUAACAGAGAACUGUUUAUUAAAUCCAGCUGCUACAGUCUUAUCCCUAUUGCAGUUGAAGAAUGUGGAUUGACCAUUAGCUGGGUCUUCUCUUCUGAUCCAAAGAGCAUAUCCUUUAGUGUUGUUUAUCAAGAAUCUGAAGAAACGUCAUAUGAACGCUGUAAGGUUUUAAUUCCUUUAACACGCUGUAAUUCUCAUAAGGAAACAAUACAAGGCCAACUGAAAGCCAGAAAUCCAGGACAGUACUUACUGAUAUUCGAUAACUCAUUUUCAAGGUUUACAUCAAAGAAGGUGUUUUAUCGCUUAACAGUUGAAAAACCCAUAAUCUAUGAUGGAAGUGAUGUUUCCGAACCAUGAAAUAUUUGCACAAUUUUUUUAACCUGUUCAAGUGUAACCAAAUUUGGGGCAAUAUUUUCAAAGGUUUGAAAUCUAUGCAAAUAAGUUUUAAAUAAAAAUAUAUUUAGUAAUAUAUACCUCUUCCGCACUAAAUAAUGUAAAGUAGGAUUAUCAAGUGCAGGCAGUAUUUUUGUAGUGGGUAAGUGUAAGAGCUACCUGUCUGAAAUGAGAAAUUAUGGUUGCAUUACCUUUCCUUCAUAUAAUGAACUACUGGUGUAAUAUUAUAAACUCGCUUUGGUUGUUAUACCACUACUUCGGCCAUAUUUCAGCUGCAACUCAUUAUAUUAUGAUAAGUGACGCAUACAAAACAAGUAUCAUUUGUGGCAUUACACCUAGGAAUAACUUAAGCAGGUUAAUACCUCUUUGUACUAGUAAUUUGCUGGAGAACAGAUGGCAGGAACGUAGCCUAAUGAUGCAAAUGUGUGGCAAUGAUCUAUCUAAUAUAAGAACAUGCAACACUAUAAUCGGGGCAGCUUAACAAGUAAAACAUAUUUGUAUUGACUGUUAUAGAUAUUUUCACUGGAAUAUAUAUUUUAAAAUGUUUGUAAGCCAGGAGCGGUUGGGUUUUUGAGAGCGGUCUUAAUUUAACUUUGUGGUAUUGCCAAUUUUAAUAGUAUGCCACUAAUAUUAAUUUGGAAUAAUAAUACAGAUAUUUUUAAAAAUUACAAUGUAUAAUGCACUUUUAUUCCAAAAUUUGAUAUUUAGAUAGAAACAAUCAAUAAAGGAAAUCAGUACAUAAUUUACAGUUGAA